AAUAUUUCUACAACACACACUUUUGCCCUCUUUCCUUCUCCUGUUUUUUCCUAACUUUGCUUCCUUUUCAUUGUUUGCAGAAGCUAAUUCCAUUGUUCGCCGCUUAUCCAAAUGGCGAAUUCGGCAUCAGGGAUAGCAGUGAGUGAUGAGUGCAAGCUGAAAUUCAUGGAGUUGAAAGCAAAAAGGAACUACAGAUACAUAGUGUUCAAGAUUGAGGGUCAGCAAGUUGUUGUUGACAAGGUUGGCGAACAAGGAGAGACUCAUCAAGAUUUUUCCAACAGCUUGCCUUCCAAUGAAUGCCGCUAUGCUGUUUUUGACUAUGAUUACACUACUGAUGAAAAUGUCCAGAAAAGCAAGAUCUUCUUCGUUGCUUGGUCACCAGAAACAGCAAGAGUAAGAAGUAAGAUGCUGUAUGCAAGUUCCAAAGAUAGAUUCAGGAGAGAAUUUGAUGGUGUCCAAGUUGAGUUGCAAGCUACUGAUCCAAGUGAAAUGAGCUUGGAUACCUUCAUUGGCAGAGCUCGCUGAUCGAAAUUUGUCUUUAAUUUCCCCUCUACAUAUACUGUCGGGCCUUUUUAUUCAGUCACUACUACAAGCAUAUGCUAUAUGCCC